AUGAAAAUUUUCCCAGAAAAUAUGGAAAUGAAGAUGGCAAAUGAUAUGUGUGUCCAUCGAAUCUGCAUUGUUUGGAUUUGCAACCGUGGUAAAAGGUUCCUAGUUCUUUCUGUAUAUGAAGAACAUCAUCACAAUUCCCAUCACGUCGCAUGCGGUCACUGUACCUUCGUGAAAAUUUAUAUAUUUUUUUCUGCUAAUAUGCGUGCCAAUUCAGGACCAAUUUCAGUGGAGCAAGAUUGCAAUGGGGAUAACGGAGCCGUUCUUAAGCAGUUGCUACUCACAGGUAAGGGAGAUGUACGAAAAGAUCAUUCGAAUAUAAAAAGCUACUACCAGACUUCACUGGCUAACCAAACAUCUUCUUCAAUCCAAUCAUCAGCAAAUCAGUUGUGUAUCCCUUUGAUGAAGUCUAAACAAAUACCAGAACUUAGUCUGCAACGAGAAUCGUUGGGUGUUCAUGCUGCACAUCCAAGUCAUCAUAUCUGGGUGAGGGAGGCAGACCGCUGGAGCCCUCCUGUCCUUACUGCUCCAUCAGACGGAAGAGUAUAUUCACCCCCGUCAACUCCUGUCGCACAUAUUGAGCCCUACGUUGAGCCUCAAGUGAUGUACAAUCCUUAUUUCUUAUGGCAGCUUUAUUCUUAUAAGCAAUCUUGCAAUAACAACUACUAUUCUUUAUCUCAGUAUCAGAAAAUUUGUUGACUCAGGCAACUGAUGUCGUGACUAUUUAAGUUUAUAAAAAACAAAACAUGUAUUGAUAAUGCUCAAAAUCAAAUUAAAUGUAAGUAUGUUGCUUUGCUAACAUCCAUUAGGAAUUACACUUGUAAUUGUUCUGCUAUUA